UGGAGUGCCGGCAUAACGCGGAGCUCGGCGGGAGAGGUGCAGGCGGGAGCUUAGCCGGGAGGAUCCAGCAGUAGAGAACUGACUGCAGCCGGCGGACCCCACAGCCCUUGCCCAGGACAGCCGCGCGCUGGGCAUCGCCGGAGGGAGCCAAGCGCAGCGCACCCGCCGGAGCCGGCCCGGAGCCCCGCGCAGUCCGCGCAGCCCAGACCCGCGCAGCCCGCCGCGCCCCCACCGCCGGUCUAGGCAGCAUGAGGCGCGCGGCGUUCUGGCUCUGGCUCUGCGCGCUGGCGCUGCGCCUUCAGCCGGCCUUCCCGGAAACUGUUGCCACAAAUGUGCCACCCGAAGAUCAGGAUAGCUCUGGGGAUGACUCUGACAACUUCUCUGGCUCAGGUGCAGGUGCUCUGCAAGAUAUCACCUUGUCACGGCCCACCCUCUCCACCUGGAAGGACCUGGGGCUCCUGACAGUCGUGCCCACAGCUCUGGAGGCCACCGGCACUGACAGCGUCGCUGUCUCCACCUCCAUCCCGCCGGCUGGAGAGGGGCCUGCGGAGGGAGAGGCGGUGUUCCUGUCAAAGGAGGAGCACGACUUCACCACCCAGGAGAAGGAUACCACCCACCCGCCCCCUGAGACCUCGCCACACCCCACCACCCACCGGGCAUCAACAGCAAGAGCCAGCACUGCCCAGGCACCUGCCACGUCUCAUUCCCACAGGGCCAUGCAGCCGGACCGCCAUGAGACCUCAGCUCCCACAAGGCCUGGCCACCUUGACCCUCGCAUUCCCAGCGUGGAGGACAGAGGUCCUUCUGCCACUGUGAAGGCUGCCGAGGACGGAGCGGCCAUCCAGUUCCCAGCAGGAGAGGGUUCUGGGGAGGAGGAUUUUACCUUUGAUGUGUCCACGGAGAGCACAGCUGAGGCUGCUGUGGAACGUGACCAGCGGAAUGAGCCCCCGGUGGAUCGCGGGGCGACUGGGGCCUCCCAGGGUCUCCUGGAGAGGAAGGAAGUGCUGGGAGGGGUCAUUGCUGGAGGCCUCGUGGGGCUCAUCUUUGCCGUGUGCCUGGUGGGCUUCAUGCUAUACCGGAUGAAGAAGAAGGAUGAGGGCAGCUACUCCUUGGAGGAGCCCAAACAAGCCAAUGGUGGGGCCUACCAGAAGCCUAGCAAACAGGAAGAGUUCUACGCCUGACGGGAGCAGUCCUUCCCCUCCCCUUGCCAUUUGCUAGGCCCCCACUUGCCUCUUCCGUGAAGAACUGCCGGCCCUGCCUCCCCUGCCACCAUGCCACCUCCCCAGCGCUCCCAGCCUCUCCACCCCACUCCCCGCGGACUUCUGGGGCACACUGGGGGCUCUCCUCUGCUUCUCUGACUUCUGCCUGGAGACUGGGGCCCGAGUGCUUUCUACAUCUGACUUUUCAUCACAGCCAGCACCUGGCAUCUCACCGUUCUGACUCAGUUUCUUCAACCUGGAACAGCCCCUCCCCGGCCCAGCUCUGGAGAGAAAAGGGACCCCACUGUGUUGGACCUGGACGGCCCUGUGGCUGGAGACGCAUGGGCUGAGGGCUGACACCUCUCGAGCACUUACUGGUAGAGACCGACGGUCUUCGGGGUGCUUACUGCUCAGUGGCAGGGAGAGGAGUUCUGGGCUCCAUCCGAAUUCACUUUGUUUUGUGGGGAGGUCUCAUUUAGAUAUCAACUUGUUUUUGCACAUGUUUCCUUUAGUUUCUUUGUUCAUAGCCCCGUAGACAUUAUUACUUUUGAGGUAAGUUAAGUAAGUUGACUUGGUUACCCCCGUCUUGGCUUCCGUAAUCUACGGUCAGGAGACAGUAUCAGGGUUAAGAAGACUUUUGUUUUUGUUUUGUUUUGUUUUUUAACUAGGAGAACCAAAUCUGGAAGCCACCAGAGGCUUAGCUUAUGUGUUGUCUCUUGAGUUUGUCACUCACGUGUGCAACAGGGUAUGGUAUGUCCGUGGUGUGGCCCCGUUGGUGGGCUGGCUGAUCCUGGCUGCCGUGGGCGGUCACUUCUUUUGAGCAGUCAUGCCUGUGUCCAUGAACUUGGGGCCACGGCCAUGGCCUGGGCUGCUGUGAUGUUGAGGAGACCUUGUGAGAAUUGCAUCCUGGCACCUCAGGCUGGGGACAGAGAGGACUGGGGUGAGAGAGGUGGCAGUGGCCCAAAGAACGGCCCACAGACCGAGCCCGUCCUUUGACACCAUCUCGGGGGACACUUUCUCCUGGAAGGUGACGAGAGGGGUCCUGGGCAUACCUGGCACUGAGUUGUUCCACGAAGGACCAGGUUCACCUUUGAUUAGCUCCUGUGGCCCCGCCCUGGGCUGGAAUCAGGAAUGUUCCAAAGAGUGAUAGUCUUUUGCUUUUGGCAAAACACUACUUAAUCCAAUGGGUUUUUCCCUGUACAGUAGAUUUUCCAAAUGUAAUAAACUUUAAUAUAAAGUAGUCAUGUGAACUCUGCUGCCUUUGCUUCUCUCUGUGCUGGUCAUGUGGAUGUGACCAGCCUUUUCUCCAAACACCAAUAUUGGGAAACUAAAAGCUCUGUGCCUUCGUCUUUCCCGUGGGGAGGGAUUCUGGGGCUAGAGUCCCUCUGCUUUGUUUGUUUUUUGUCUUUGCUGAAAUUCUUCUGGAGGUCGGUAGGUUCAGCUCAGGUUAUGUAAGGCCUGAUGUAAAUUUCUGUGUUGCCAAGCUCAAAGCACCGUCUCCUAAAUGGUUAAAGGAACUGUGACAGCCCCGAGGCCACUGGCCCCACUGAGGCAGGGGGCCAAGGCCUGCCUCUCAGACACCUUGGACAGGCCUCCUCUCACACCUUUGCUAGGACCAGAGGCCCCCAGCCCGGGCUUCUCGGAACUCCUGUACUUGCUUAUUUAAGUUGACAACGUUCCAGCUGCUGCGUUGGCUGCUCCAAGAAGGGGGGGACAUCUGUGACGCAGAGAGACGCACCGCCUAACAAAGGGAACCUGUGCCCUGUGUUCAACACUGGGACUUCCUGCCCAGAGUGUACGACUGGACAUGACUCGGGGGUGGGGCGGGGUCUGUGACCGUGCUCAUCUCUGCUGGUCCUCGGUGGCGCCGAGCCUGUGGCUGGGCCCGUUCGUGUAAUGCUAAUAAACGGUACUUGUCAUUCUA